CCCGGAUCUGUGCUCCAGUUCAGAGAAAGAAGAAAAUGUGUGUGUGUGGCGAGGGGGAGGGCGCGCACUGAGCAGCCGCUCCGCGCCUGGCAAUCGGGGCAGGGGGCGGGCGUCUGGCGAAGGCGGAGGCGGAGGCGGGGGCGGAGGAGCGCGCGGCUGCCGGGCGGGCCGGGAACCGGGUCUGCGCGCGAGCCGGGCGGUGGGCGCGGACAGGGCCGAGGGCGCCCGGGAGCCGUGUCAGGCGGCGGCGAGGAGCGGGCGCGCCGGGCGCGGGAAGCCGUCGGCGGCCGCUCGCUGCGGGGACACCCCGGUGGAUGAGCUCUCGCCGCCAGGCGCACGGCGUAGGGGAGCCUCGCAGGCGGCGGCGGCGGCGGCGCGGGGGGCGAGGCGGGACGCCCAUUCUCGGGGAAGGAGGCGCGGGCGUCUGAGCGAGGCCGGGCGCGGCGGCCUUCCCUCACUCGCCCCCCGAGCCAGCGCCCGCCUCCCGCGCCCGCCUCGCUUCUCCAGUCGGCCCAGGCAGUUCGCUCCCGCCGCGCCCCCGGCCCACCUGGUGGCCCCGGCCCUGGCCGCGGCAGUCGCGGCGGUUCCGGGAGCUCGUACCGGACGCGCGCCCGGGCGGCGGGGACUCGGCGGCCACCGCCGCCUCGGGGGAGCGAGGGCGGGAGGGUGUGUGUGCGCGCUGUGAGCAGGGGGUGCCGGUGGGGCUGCAGCGGAGGCACUUUGGAAGAAUGACUCUGGAGUCCAUCAUGGCGUGCUGCCUGAGUGAGGAGGCCAAGGAAGCCCGGAGGAUCAACGAUGAGAUCGAGCGGCAGCUCCGCAGGGACAAACGGGACGCCCGCCGGGAGCUCAAGCUGCUGCUGCUCGGGACAGGAGAGAGUGGCAAGAGUACGUUUAUCAAGCAGAUGAGAAUCAUCCAUGGGUCAGGAUACUCCGAUGAAGAUAAAAGGGGCUUCACCAAGCUGGUGUAUCAGAACAUCUUCACGGCUAUGCAGGCCAUGAUCAGAGCCAUGGACACACUCAAGAUCCCGUACAAGUAUGAGCAUAAUAAGACGGAGUGCAUUGGUGCCAUGUCUGCUCACUGCAGCCUCCACCUCCCAGAUUCAAGUGAUUUUCAUGCCUCAGCCUCCCAGGCUCAUGCCCAAUUAGUUCGAGAAGUUGAUGUGGAGAAGGUAUCUGCUUUUGAGAAUCCAUAUGUAGAUGCAAUAAAGAGUUUAUGGAAUGAUCCUGGAAUCCAGGAAUGCUAUGACAGACGACGAGAAUAUCAGUUAUCUGACUCUACCAAAUACUAUCUUAAUGACUUGGACCGUGUAGCUGACCCUGCCUACCUGCCUACGCAACAAGAUGUGCUUAGAGUUCGAGUCCCCACCACAGGGAUCAUCGAAUACCCCUUUGACUUACAAAGUGUCAUUUUCAGAAUGGUCGAUGUAGGGGGCCAAAGGUCAGAGAGAAGAAAAUGGAUACACUGCUUUGAAAAUGUCACCUCUAUCAUGUUUCUAGUAGCGCUUAGUGAAUAUGAUCAAGUUCUCGUGGAGUCAGACAAUGAGAACCGAAUGGAGGAAAGCAAGGCUCUCUUUAGAACAAUUAUCACAUAUCCCUGGUUCCAGAACUCCUCGGUGAUUCUGUUCUUAAACAAGAAAGAUCUUCUAGAGGAGAAAAUCAUGUAUUCCCAUCUAGUUGACUACUUCCCAGAAUAUGAUGGACCCCAGAGAGAUGCCCAGGCCGCCCGAGAAUUUAUCCUGAAGAUGUUCGUGGACCUGAACCCAGACAGUGACAAAAUUAUCUACUCCCACUUCACGUGCGCCACAGACACCGAGAACAUCCGCUUUGUCUUUGCUGCCGUCAAGGACACCAUCCUCCAGUUGAACCUGAAGGAGUACAAUCUGGUCUAAUUGUGCCUCCUAGACACCCGCCCUGCCCUUCCCUGGUGGGCUAUUGAAGAUACACAAGAGGGACUGUAUUUCUGUGGAAAACAAUUUGCAUAAUACUAAUUUAUUGCCGUCCUGGACUCUGUGUAAGUGUGUCCACAGAGUUUGUAGUAAAUAUUAUGAUUUUAUUUAAACUAUUCAGAGGAAAAACAGAGGAUGCCGAAGUACAGUCCCAGCUCAUUUCCUCUUUUUUUUAGGCAAAACCUUGUGACUCAAUGUAUUUUAAAUCCUCAGUCAUGCACUCACCAAGAUAAGACUUGUUUCUUUCUCUUUCUCUCUCUCUCUCUGUCUCUCUUUUCUAGGGAGCGAAACAAAGCUGAUUUCCCUUUUUUUCCCCUCCUAAUCCAUACCUCCCUGAUUUUUUUUCCAGGUUAAAAUGGCCUUUAUCCUAGUUCCAUUCUUGGUCAAGUUUUUCUCUCAAAUGAUAGUCAGGACACAUCAUUCGAUUUAAGCCAUCAUUAGCUUAAUUUAAGUUUGUAGUUUUUGGUGAAGGAUUAUAUGUAUUAAUACUGUGGUUUUAAAUGUAUUGCUCUGGAUACACACAUAAGUUUCUUUUUUAAUAGAAUAUACUGUCUUGUCUCACUUUGGACUGGGACAAUGAAUGCCCAUCUAACAGUUAAGUGUCAUUUCUUUUAGAUGUUUACCUUCAGCCAUAGCUUGAUUGCUCAGAGAAAGGCACAGAAGGCAGGGUCAAAGACACACAGGAGUCCUUUCUUUUGAAAUGCCACGUGCCAUUAUCUUUCCACCCUUCUUUGCUUUUUUUUCACCCUCUCUUUGAAUUGCAGAUGCCAAAAAAGACGCCAACAGACACUACAUUACCCUAAUGGCUGCUAUCCAGAACCUUUUUAUGGGUUGUUCUUAAAUUUUUUUUUUUUUUUUUUUUUUGGUUCAAGCUUUUCCUUUCUCUUUUUUCCUUAGUGUUUGGGCCACAAUUUUAAAAUGACUUUUAUUAUGGGUAUGUGUUGCCAAAGCUGGCUUUUAGUAGUCAAAUAAAAUGAAUAGGAAGAACUUAAAAAAUAAAAGCUGGUAUCUUAAAAUGUAAGAGAGUAAGACUGUGAAGCCUAAAAUGAGUGGCUGAGAAUGAACCAGAAAAGCCAGUUGCCAAACAGUUGGUAACUGUAAAUUCAAUUCUCACAGUCCAUUCUUUUCUUUGCCUGUAAGAUGACAUUGUUAGUGUUCAUGUCCCUGUUCAGUGUCCAAACCGGCAGUGUAGAAAAGUAUCCUGUGUGGUUUAUCAGGAAAUCUGUGUAUGUCUCUUUAUCUGAAACCAUUUUCACUCUCAGUGGUUCCUUAAGUUCAAUUAAGUCUGCCAGGAACACUGGUUGAUAGUACUGUUCUAACACCUUUAAUUUCCCAAAUCUCAAGUUUCUUCUCAUUUACCGCGUUUCAAGAUCUUCUUGAACUGGUAACUAGUUAGGUUGAACUUAAGAUUUGUGGACUUAACUCAAAAGUAACCUCUCAGUGUUCUAUAGAACAUGUAUUUGUGUAACUGAACCUACUAGGAGAAAUGUUUGAAAUUCUGUAUGUGCAAUUUUUCAACAAAUGCAAAAAAAAAAAAAUACAGCACAUAUACUGAGGAGCUUCUGUCAAGCAGCUUCAGUUGAAAUUUGAUUUAAGAAAAUAAAUCAUGAUUAUUUAAAGCUGCUGGGAUGUUAGAAAUAGGCCUUGAUACCGGUCUCAUUUUAACUAUAGUGGUAUUUGGAACUAGUCUAAACUUCCAUAUAAAUCACUCUUUUGGAACAAAGUAGGAGGGAGAAAAUUAACGGCCUGUUAUUUAAGUACCAAAGCCACCAAACAGUAAUGAAAUGUUCUCAUCCUUGAUUCUCUUAGCCUCAAACAACACAGGUUACUUUUUUUUCCCCCUUGCUCAGAAAGCACCUGUAAUUUAACAAACAGACUGCCUGUAGGUAUAGUGCAAUUACAAAUGCUCUAAUCAUUGUACAUAUAUCUCUCUUGAGAUUGCAGCAUCCAUACUGGCUUUGUAAUCAUUAAUUUUUUGGCAGAUUGAAUGUGCUGUAUUGAUAUGUAUCUAUGUAAUUGUAUUGUAUGUCUAUAGCUAAUUCACAUUUUGAAUAAUGUUAUUUUAUUUACUUUUUUAAGAGAGGAGAAUGUAAAUUUGUCAGUUUAUUUCUGACUAGGGAUAUUUUCUUUCCAUUUAGAAAAGAAGAAAAAAAAACCUUACUGUCGUACAGAGCGGUACUAGCAUCGUGCUGUAUAAAAUCAUUUGCACAUUCCUGAGUAGAGGUAUACUGAUUAUAAGACCCAAAGGUAAUUUCAUAGCAAAAUACAUAAAAUCAGUUGGAGCUUUUAUACAAACAUGGAAACCAACUUUGUAGAACUUUUGCCAUUUGAUCUAGGAUUGGAAUAUGAGCUUUUAUACAAUUCAUAUUCUUAUUUGGCAUAUGCACAGUUUAGUAUUACCUCUCUGAUGGCCUUUACUAGAAAGGCAGUUUUAGAAGCUAUUGUGAUCCACUAAGGAAAUAUUUUAACAGCUAGAGACCACUGCUUGCCUGAAAGGGCGUUCUUAAAUUUGGUGCAGCAAAAAAAAAAAAAAAAAGAAAGAAAAAAGUAAACAACAACAUUUGAAGGCCUACAGUAUGUAUAGAGAAAACCUCUUCACAAGAUCAUAAGUGUUACAGUUUUAGGGAAUCAAGAUAUUCUAUUUAAUAGAGCUAUAGUAGAUGUAGUCAAUUAAGCCUGAUCUCAGAGCUCGAAGAAGCUGAGCAAAACAGGGAAAGAUUGUUAUAUUUGUCUUUAUGAAAUUGGAAUGGAAUUUGCUAUGCAGAAUUAAGGUUUGUGGCUUCACUGUUCCUAUAGGGUGCAUGACAAGAUCCCUUCUCUUGAGAAAGGAAAAAAUUGAUCACCCUAGCAGCAGUGAUGCAUAUAGAAACCUAAUUAUAGCCACACUAGUCAAUCGAAGCUAAAGGAUUUUCUUUUUUGUUUCUUUGGGGUUUUAUUGAAGGGGCUAGGGGUGGGACGGGAUUCUUUUCAGUUUUGUAUAAAAACAAAGUUUACUCAUGCUUUAUAUUAUAUUGUGAUUGCAAGCGUUAUAAGCGUGUGCCACUGGCCUCCUAUUGUUGAUGCUUAGGUAUUGGAGGCCUGUGGUGAGUUUUAUGGUGACUUGGGCAUGUCUUAUUCAAAAACAAAAACAUAAAACACAGAAACCUUUCUUCAGCAUACCAAGGCAAGCAGCCAUUUCAUGACUCACUUAACACAUUGCAGUGUACCAGUUUACAGAUGAUUUUUCCCUUUUUGCGUGACAUGGCAGUUCCAACCCCCAGAGAAUUCCUUAUUUGUAAAUUGGAAGUUUCUACUAUGCCUUACAGAGCUUAAAUUCAGAAGUUUGUGCCUCAUAUCUGAAACAAAGGGAAAUAACACACCCAUUCAAAAGUAAAUAAAUCUCCUAGAAGUUUUUGGUUUCGUUUUUUAACAUUUCCAUAUAAAGAGCUCUGUUGAAUGUCAUGUAUAGACUGGAAAAAAAUCUUAGGAACCUGCAUAUGUUGUUUACUAGCAUAUGACAACUACAAAAGGAAUUUGAAGAAGACGUGAAACUUGUAUUUUAUUUUUGGUAGAUUAACUAGCAGGCCUGUUUUAAAAAGGUAAUUCAGCUAACGGGCAAUUUACUUUUUUUGUACUUCAGACUAUCUUGAUUGUCAAAGUGUACGAACUGUAAUUUUAAAAUUUAUACUGCCACAUGAUUGUAAAUUUUAGUUGUCUUAAGUUAGGAUUUGGUGAAAAGCUAUUUAUGCUGGAUUUGGGUCAAAAUGACUUAUUUGCAAAAAAAAAAUAAAUAAUGGGAAGAAAGGGCUGUAUAAUGAAAUACUGCAAGACUCACAUAUUGGUUGGAAAUUUCCCUCAAAUCACCUACCGAUUACCCUUGAUUUCCCUUUGUUUUCAGUUUAUCAAAAAGAACGAAUGAAAUGAAAUAUAGCAGAAUGUUAACCCAUAUAAAAAUAAAGUGUACCCAAAUAUUGUAAUGUAUAUUGCUGCUCUUAUUCAAAUUAAAUAAGGGUUUAAAACCACUUAAGUGGUAAUCAACAUCUCAAUUGAUACAAAUAAGGUGUGCUUGGUAUACAUUAAUAUUUUCUUCCAAAGAGAUAUCUUUGGUUAGAAAUACAAAAAUUAAAACUAGUAAUACUGUAUGUUUAUCUACAUAUUUCCAGCAUAUGUAGCGUUAAUAGAUCUGUCCUGGUAACUGUCUUAGGGAUUUCAUUUUGGUUCCAUCAAAUUAGGAAAAGAAAUGGCUUAGUUGUAUAUGAUUAGCUAGAGAUUUUUGGAGCCAGACACCUGCUGUUUAGUAGAUAACUUAGUACAGAGUCUAAACUUGUCAUUUGUUUUUCUCACAAAAUAGCCAUUUCCUGCUGUCUUCCCAACGAUCACUGCCCUUUCAAUAACACUCUUGCCUCUAGAAUCAUAUGUUCAAAGUACGAAUACACACCUAGCACAUAGUAGGUGCUCAAAUAUUCAUUUCCUCCUUGCCUUCCUUAUCUACCCUGUGUCCUCCAUUUCCCCCCGUAUGAUUCCAACCCAAUAGCAAAUGACAUUUACAUGUUAUGAACACAUCUAUUGGGUAAAAUUGGAUCUUGGAUAAAGAAAUUUUGACUUUUAUAUAAGCUUUUGGUAGACAGAAAAACAGGAAGGUAUUCAUCGGUAGAACAUUUUUAAGUUCAGAAAGGAAAGCUGGAAUAGUACUAUGUAACUUUGUCCAGGUUACUUUGAAACAAACACAUUUUUGGUGGAUUUCUUUUCCUCAAAGAAUUCUCUAAAUGCAACUCCUUGCUGGAUUCCUCACCUAUCAUGUUGGAAACCCUUACUAGACCUAUGUAUUUAGGGAGUUUUGUCAGAAAACAUUUUUAACUUGCAGUAUUUAAAAGAAUCAUAUUUACUGUUCUUAAAAUGUCAUUCAAAUGCAUGUAUUGUCUAUUGUUUGGGGAUGGGAACUAGUUUUGCAAAAAACACCUAAUGUUGUAUAAUAAUGCCCCAAUGAUCUUGCUGGUUAAAAAUACAGUAUUUUUGGCCAUAA